AAUGUGGCAGCCUUUUUGUAUAUAUAUGAACUUCGACUGGCGACGGGGGACGGCUCCCAGAACUGAGUGACGGCGUGUGCAUCGUGGACUCGACGACCCCUCUUCUCUCUCUCUCUUGAGCAAAUUUAGGGGUGACAAUAAAAUGGGUCGGCCGUACAAAGUAAAAGGGGAAAAGAGAAAAAAGAAAGAAGUGAAUUAUGAUAAAGAAGAAAUAGAGGAAACUUUGGAAGAGGAGUCAGCAAAAAGAGUGAGAACAGAACACACUGCUGUAGAUACUGAGGCAGCUGAAAGAGUUGUAGAUUUACUAGCUGGCAUUCCUAUUGUUUCAACUGAUCAAAGUACUAAGCCUGGUGUUAUUUUCAUCAUCGAGAGAGCCUCUCUGGAAAUUGCUAAAAUUGGAAAGACUUACCAACUUCUGAACUCAGAUGAACAUGCCAACUUUCUCAAGAAGAAUAAUCGAAACCCUUCUGAUUAUCGGCCUGAUAUUGCUCAUCAGGCAAUGCUUACAAUAUUAGAUAGCCGAGUAAAUAAAGCUGGACGAUUAAAAGCGUUGUAUGUGAAGACUGAAAAAGGUGUCCUAUUUGAAGUAAAACCUCAUGUUCGUAUCCCCAGGACAUUUAAGCGAUUCGCUGGUAUCAUGUUGCAGCUGCUACAAAAGCUGAGCAUAACUGCUGUUGGUAAGCGAGAAAAACUGCUACGUGUUAUAAAAAACCCUGUCUCUCAGUACCUACCCAUUGACUGUCGGAAGAUAGGCUUCUCUCAUAGUUCUGAGAAACUGGUGGAUAUUCAAGACUACGUUAAUGGAAUUAACAAUGACAUGAACCUUGUUUUUGUGGUUGGGGCAAUGGCCCAUGGAAAAAUUGAAAAAGAUUAUGUCGAAGAUUAUAUAUCUGUUUCCGAUUAUCCACUGAGUGCUGCGUACUGCAUAUCCAUGGUCACGAAUGCUGUGGAGCGCAAAUGGAAGAUUUUGUAGAGUUGUAGCUUACCUUGGUUUUUGUUGCGACAUUUACUUUCUAGAAUGUUAUCCUUUCCAAUACUCAGUCUUCAUUGCCAUUCUGAUUCAGCAUUAUUCUAUUGUGAAAUAUAUUUUUGCUUCUUUUUCUUUUUUUCA